AUGACUCCAAAUUAUAUGUGUUUUGUUGAGGUUCGGGUGGUGGACGGAGAUCUGCAUGAGGUGCUUGGGCAGCAGAUCAGCCCGGAGCUCCGGGGCCGCCUUGCCCUGUCCUGCAGCUACAGCAGCAAGGUGUGGCUGGUCGGCGAUAGGCUGACAGCGCGGGAGCAGGAGAAGGCGGAGCUGGGUUGCAAUAGAAUCCCAACAGGACCGACGCUGAAGGACCUGGACAUGUGCUUCUUGACAUUCCAUUGCUUGGCAACACCUUCCAAGGCCAUCCCACCACACCAGCAAUGCCCCGGCUUCGAGGGAAUCGGCCACUUCACCACCGCAACGGGCAGGCUUUCCCUGCCCGCCUUUGGGUUGGCAUCCUACAAGCUCCGCGGCUCCCUGUGGGCGUCCAACGGUGCCCCGGAGCAGGAGAGUGUCACGUCGCUGAUGCAGGAGGCGGACAACUGGCUCCACUGCGUACAGGUAGACCACCCGGACUUCCGGUUCUUUGUGUCCCACUUCGGCAUGACGUGGAGAUGA